AGUGUACAGUAUGGCUGAAGGAUUCUGAGAAAAUGUUGAAAUUGAAUUGUUUUCUCCCACCAGAUUAUUCUCUCAGGUCAGUACCAGGGGCUAGUCUCGUCAACGGGGUAAGGGGCAAGGGGAUGACGCGAGAGUAAUCUACAAGUUCUGUGUUGUACUCACAUUUCUGUAAGGCCACGUACAGGAAUCAGGACGACACAUAUUAGUGCCGGAGAGGGUAAUUCUAGAGACUGGUUAAUGGUGGUGCUUAUUCUAUGAUUUCUAAAGAUAUAAAGUCUGAUGAUUUGGAACUUAUAUAUUCAAUGCCAGAUGCUGAAUCCAUGAUAUUAACCCACGAUAUUAGCCCUGAAAAUUUCCCAGAGGACCUGAACGACUACGACUCUGAUCUAAAGAAAGAACAGUUUAUCCUGUCAUGUCUAACGACGCGCGCAGCAUCACCGGAAGUAGAGUGCACUAAAGACGAAGGAGACGAGAAACAAGCGUUGUCUCCCCUGCAGAUUCAACAGAAAACCCUAGAACAACUGAACAACGUUAUCAAUAACCAAUAUCACAGCGCUAAAAACCAAAGCGAUAGAGUGAGUAUCAAAGCCUCCGGUCACGUGGGUCCGGAAGAGGUACCACUCAUACAUGAAGUACAGCAGACGAAGACAGCGGCAGCGAAGAGGCCCAGCACGCUUACAAGUAGUCACGUGGUGAAACCAGUAUUAACGAGAGGUAACCGGAAACCACGAAAAUUACCCACAGUUCCUUCAUCGCAGAAUCACGUAAUCGUAGUGACACCAAAUAGAGGUCCGGAUGUAAAACCUAUAAAUGAGAGAUGUUUGGCAGACGAACUCCAAGAAGCGCUGCUGCGAGGGGAUAAUGAUGACGUGUUUCUUCCCGAACAGCCCCCAAAACAGGAGAAAGUGUAUCCUAAAUUCAGUAAACAGUAUCUAGACGAGCUUAAGAACGGCUGCUUCAACUCGGUAUCCGGUAACACGGCGCCAUGCCUGUCGUCUGACAACGUCUAUCUUUCGGAGGACUCCGUUCCAGACACCAGACCGAGGCUCCGAUCGAGUUUCAUGUCCAAGGACGCGCGACAUCUGUCUGGGGACAGUGGACGUUCUUGUUCAACGGACUCCAGUUCCGAUGCAGAUGUAGAAGCGCCAAAUAGAACGGAGAAAGUGAACAGUAGGUUAUGUUCCAUUACGUCACAAAAACGCACAGAGGCCAAAGAUCACAAUAAGUACAUUGCGUCAAAAGAGGAAGUGAGUGGGUCGUCUGCUUCUUCGUCUGCUCUACUGACGUCAGAUGACAGGAAAAGAAGGGAUAGUGGUGAUGAUCCAAGCCGAAGAUCGUCAUCUGUUUUUGGGGACACACGCUUCUUGGAUUUGGAAGUGACGCAUCGAGGCAUGCAUAGAUUUGUUCCCCGCCACAAAGAUGAAAUUCCUGUAGAGAUCGGAGAUCCGAUACAUGUGUUUCGUUUGGACGACGACCUCUGGUGUGAAGGUGUUAACUUACGGAGUUUCAGGCGAGGCAUUUUCCCGUCUAUGUACGCCACAGAUCUUAAAUUUCUGGAGGAGCCCGACACGGACGAAGAUGGGAAUUCCCAUUUCAACAUGAGGUUUUUGGGGUCAGUGGAAGUGAGCGGUCAUAAAGGAGACGACGUUCUGUGUCAGGCUAUUAACAAGGUGGCGCUCUCCCGUCGAUCAGCCAAGGCCUCCGCACCGCCACCUAUCGUAUCAGUGGAAAUCAGUCAGUAUGGAAUACGCAUGCUCGACAAGAGUAAAUUGGGGCAUGAAACAGAUGACCAUUUUACUCAUUUCUUUGCGCUGAAAAACAUUUCUUUCUGCGGUUUUCAUCCCCGAAACGAACGGUAUUUCGGAUUUAUUACGAAACAUCCAACAUCAUGUCGUUUCGCAUGCCACGUGUUUCUGGGCAAUAAGUCGACGAGAUCUGUUUCUGAUGCCCUCGGAGAUGCUUUCAAGAGAUUUUAUCAGGAGUACAUGGCCUUCACACACCCGACGGAGGACAUUUACAUGGAGUGAUCAACAAAACUCGCAAGAUUCAGGCAGGGAACUACUUACUUCAACAUUUCCCAUCAUCGACAUAUUGCGGUUUUUUUUUCUGGCAUCAAAUCUUCAUAUCAGAAACUGAUUGAGAACCUCGACUUCAGGAACCCGCAAUAAUGUCCCAUGAAAUAGCAGAUCACUUGCAGACUACCACGAAUUCAGUCUGUGCUCAUACUAUGGUGCGUUGGGUCACCGAUGAUUCGGAAAAUAAACACCAUCAGAUUUAGACCGGCAUUCAAACUUCCAAAGAAAUACAUGUAUGAUGACGAUACAGAAAUAAAAGCAAUGUAUAUGCAGCCACAAUGAUAUACAAGUUAUUGACUGCAAUAAGAUUAUGUGUACCUUCAUUUUGAAUACUUGUACGGUCAACAUCAAAUAUUAUCGUCAUCAACAAAUUACUCUCUAUUGUAGUGGCUCAGUGUUAGAGCGCUCGCUUUUUGAAUAGAAUGUCAGUUCAAACUUCGUAUAUGACGGACUUUGAAUCGCUGACGACAUUCCCUUCAUCAAGCGCUCGGCAUAAAAAAAUAUUUCGGAAAAAAUCUGAAAACCAUGGUCGUGUAUCAAAGUCUAUGUUUAGUGUUCUAGAGUCCUUAGUAUACAUAUAAGUAAAUAUUUUGUGGUAAUUUUCAUCGAACGAAUUUCAUCAAUGAUUUUGCUGUACUAACAAACUGACAUUAAUGAAACUAUUUCAGAUAGGGUCAUUAAAUUGUUCCGUUAUGAAUUUUACUGUUGAUGAUAACCACACACUCACAGUGAAUACCGUGAGUGACGCAGUAUUGUAUGUAUAAAUAUAUCACAUGAAAUCUACAUGCUCUAAUUUUCCAAUCAUUAAAAGAUCAGACAUCUG